AUGACGAUCACCACCAACCUCCCGAUCCACUUCACUCUCAACACCGGCGCCAAAAUCCCCGUCGUCGGCCUGGGUACAUGGAAGUCAGAACCCGGCGAGGUCCGCCAGGCCGUGGCCUAUGCCAUUCGUGACGGGUAUCGGCACAUUGAUGCUGCGCUCAUAUACCAGAAUGAAGAAGAAGUCGGGCAAGGCAUUCGUGACAGCGGGGUGCCGCGCGAGGAGCUGUUCAUCACCAGCAAGCUGUGGAACACCCACCACGCAAAUGCGGCCGAGGGCUUGCAGAAGACCCUUGACGCCCUUGGCACCGACUAUCUGGACCUUUACGCAAGUCUUGUUCACUGGCCCGUUCGACUUGUUGCAAACGAAACGAGUGAACUUCUCCCUGUCAACCCCGAUGGCAGUCGCUCCGUUGACCGUUCAUGGGACCAGGCGGAGACAUGGCGACAGAUGGAAGACCUCCUCAGAACCGGCAAAGUCAAGGCGAUCGGUGUCGCCAACUGGUCGAUCCCGUACCUGGAGGAGCUGAAAAAGACGUGGAAGGUCACCCCCGCCGUCAACCAGGUCGAGCUGCACCCGUUCCUGCCCCAGCACGCACUUCGACGAUACUGCGACGAACUCGGGAUCCUUCUUCAGGCGUACUCGCCCCUCGGGUCCACUGGUGCCCCGCUCAUGGCUGAUUCUGAAAUCGCGGCCAUUGCCACCAAGAAUGGUGUCGCCCCUGCCACCAUCCUGAUUUCGUACCACGUGAACAAGGGUGCGGUAGCCCUCCCCAAGUCUGUCAACCCGAAACGCAUCUCGAGCAACAAGAAGGUAAUUCGACUGAGUUCCGAGGAUAUCACCGCGCUUGACAGCCUUGCGGCGAAGGGCUGGGCCAAGCGCAUCAACACGCCGCUCUGGGGUCAUGACCUCGGAUUCGAUGACUGGUACGGUCCAGGUGCGAAGUGA